AGUGCAACAAAAAUCCAACUUUCAAAGUAUAAUAAACAAUAAUGUACCAAACUUUUUUUUCUACAAAAAUAUUGAAAUAACCAAACAAAAAAAUCAAAUUCGAUUUUUUCAACGAAAAUGACUGUUUAUAAAUUGGAAAAGUUUCCUUACGUAUGCAGGAUGUGCCUAACGUCUUGUGCCGGAAAGGAAAACGUACCCUUGAGCACCGUUGAUGCCGCUUUCGAUGGAAGCAUGGGGGAUUUCAUAAGCGCAGUUACUUUCGAUAUUUCUGAGGAUAAAUCUCAUCUAUUGCCUCAAACGGCAUGUCAAAAUUGUUGGGAACUACUGAAAUUUUUUGCAAAAUUCCGUACCAAACUGUUCACUAUUCAAUUGCUGAUAAAUUCCUUGAUCGAAUUGAAGCGAUCCAACCCGGUUCCGAUAAAAGAUUUGUUUGAAAGCAAACGAGAACUUCUAGGGAUUGUAUUCAAAGACCUUGGUAUUUGCAAUAAAGAUGAAGUGGUGGUAGAUGAUUUACUCAACGAGUUCCCGAUGUACAGCAUAGCAAAUAUUUCAGAAGAAAGUGGAUAUCAGAAAGUCAAAGAGGAAAUUUUAAUAGAAGAUGAUCCAAUUUCUGAAGAUUUGGUCGAUCAAGAGGAAAUUAUUUUUGCAGAAGAAUGCACAGCGGCUGAGUUAGUCGAAUUGAUUCAACAACCCGAAGUUAAACGAAGUCGUUCAGUUAAAACCCCAGCAAAGUUUCUUGAUAAAGGCACUACUCCAAAAACUAAUAACGAUGAAUGGCUUAAACAAUUGUUGGAUAGCGAUUCUGACCCGGAUUGUUUGGAUUCAGUUGACCCCGACUCUGCAGUUAGAACAUACGGUGGCAAGAGACGCGAUGAACCUAUUCAAUGCAAGAAAUGUAAAUAUUCUACUCGGUACGUGGCUAAUUAUCGGAGCCACCAGCUAACGCAUCUUAAAAAGGAUAAAAGAGAGCACCGUUGUAAGCAGCCUGGAUGCACGGAAGUAUUCAACAAUGCACGAUUGUGCAACAACCACUACAAUCAAGCACAUAAACCAUUUGUCUGUGAGACCUGUGGAGCAAGAUUUGCCGGAAAAUGCGCACUAUCAGUACACAAAGAGCGGCACCAAAAUGAACAGAAGUAUCGUUGCAUCUACUGCGGAAAAGGCCAUAAUGCGAAAACUGAUUUAAAAAUACACAUUAACAUUCAACAUCGUGCAUCUUACUCAUUCCCGUGCGACAUAUGCGGGUUGGAGUUCAAACGGAAAGAUAUUCUGAUAAGUCACAAACGUGUUCACUCUGACGUAUAUGAUUUCAAAUGCGAUGUGUGCGCAAAAGAGUUCAAAAAAGUUUGCGCCCUCACCAGACACAAGAAAACCGUACACGAAAGGGUACGAAUACCCUGCGAGCAUUGCGACGAAACGUUUGCACGGAGAGGAAAACUUCGGGAUCAUAUCGAAUAUGUACAUGGGAUUCAAUCACGUUUCAAUUGCGAUGUUUGUCUACAGUUGUUUAACGAUCAGGAGAGUUUGAACAAGCACAAAGAUCGUCACGUGAACCCGAAAGAUCUUGAGUGUGGCGUUUGUUUAGCGUUAUUCACAUCCAAUGAAUUAUUGAACGAUCAUUUGUGUAUUUCUUACAGAGAUGACUACGAGUGCUGUGGUCGGGAUCACCGAUAUCACUAUAUCUACAAUAAGCAUAUGCUCCUCAAGCACGGAAUCAAAACAAACGUCAGAGUCAAACCCGUGCCAGGACAACUGACCGGAUACGUCCGAGCAAAAAGGAAGCGCGUCGAAACAUGUCCAAAAUGUGAAGAAAUUUUUGCGACCAGGAAUCUAAAACGGCGUCACAUGGAACAAUGCGUAGGCCCUACAGAGAACAUGGAAUUGAUCGCCGCGCAGGCAAGUUUAAUAAACGUCUAAUCACUA